AUGGGCAAUACGACGAAUAGUUUUUCUUCAUGCGUGGGUCAAUCAUCGAGAAAAGCUUGUCGAGACAGGCCGUAUGUUUCACGUCCAUUUUGGUCAUAUGAAUACGAGUAUUGCCUGAAUGUACCAAAUCGUUCUCAUAUUCGCGAAUUACAUUCUAUUCGUCUAUCUCCCAGGAUUCUUCGUGAUGCUUCGAAGAAUUCGUCGAUAAAAAUUGUUAGAACAGUUCCACGAGUUGUUAUUUUGGUGUGUCUUUCUUUACGCCAGUAUCGUCGAGUUAAAAAACGCGAUACAGCUCGUGAUCGAGUACAAACGCACACAUCAAAGACAACGAUAUCGUCAAAAGAACUUGAUCCACUUGAUCAUUCACUUUACUGGUACCCAGUAGCGUUUUCACGAGAAGUUCCUUGUGGGUCAAAUCGACCUUUUGGUUUUUAUCUACUUAACGAACCUCUAUGCUUGUAUCGUCGAAAUGAUGGAGAGCUCAUUUGCGUACUUGAUCUAUGCCCGCAUCGAUCGGCACGUCUAAGCUUAGGUCAAAUAACGAAAGAUGGCAAUCUCGAAUGUUUCUACCAUGGAUGGCAGUUUGGUGCUCAUGGUCAAUGUGUACAUAUUCCAUCGGUAUCGAAAAACUCGAAAACGCCUUCGUUAAUCUGUGCUCGUACUGUACCUGUUCAUGAACAAUACGGAUACAUAUGGAUCUGGCCUGGUAAAUAUGAACUAGCCGAUAGUCGAUUUAUUCCUCAUCAAUUAUUUGCUGAUCUACAAGCUGAGAAUAGUACAUUCCUAUUGGCACCAGAAAAUACAUUUGAUCUCGAUAUACCCUAUGAUUUAAUGGUUGACAACCUCUUGGACUUAGCACAUAUUGAUUUUACACACGAUGGUACUAUUGGUAAACGUUCUCAAGCGAGCUGGAUUCGAUCUGAACGUAUUACGCCAUCGCCUUAUUAUUCAACCAACACGGAAUCGUGUUCGUUUAAACUUCAACGCCACGAACGACCAUUCCCAUCCACGGAGUUCUCCUAUUUUCAUUUCGUACCGCCGUGUUUUGUUCGCUUGGAACACAACACGCCUGAUAAGGGUAGAAUCCUUGCACAAAUCUUUCUGAUAAUACCAAGUGCAGAGAAGAAGAUGCGUCUUCUAUCACAAUUUUAUCGUAAUUUCUUCUGCUACAAAUGGAUAGAAUACAUACCUGGUUAUGAUUAUCUGAUCGAUAGAAUGGUGACGAAAAUUGUCGAUCAGGAUAUACGUUUACUUAAUGAUGUUGAUCGAAACAUUAGAGAAAUGGGAGCAAAACCUUUGGGUACGACCGUAUCAGCAGAUGCACCUAUCAAAGCAUUUCGUCGAUAUCAUACACGUGCGUUGAUGAAAUAUGAAACAAUAUAUGUGAAGAAAGGUGCAUGGGCGACAAUAAAGACAACUUUGAAUGAAUCAGAUGAAGUUGAUAUUGAAGAUUUAAAGCUAGACUGA